CCCGUCCGAUUGCCAGUUGUUGACAGUCGAUACCAUUCUUGCAGCCAUUCGGUAUCCGGGACCUCUUCCACUUGUUCAAUUGCUCGCUUUGAUUGCCGGUCUGGAGACCAGGAUAUUCUCGAAAUGGCUACACAGGGCGUCAACGUUCUUCGCUACUCGGCUCUAGUAGCUGGCCUUGUUUACGGUGUCUACCACCAAUCGUCACUUAAUUCCCAGGCCAAGCGCGCAGAGAUAGACCGCGAAUAUGCACGCAAGGAGCGUCUAAUCGAGCAGGCCAAGGCAGAGUGGAGGAAGAAGACUGCACCUCCGGAGGCUACCAAGCAACCCACUGGACUCAUCACAGAUCCCUCAGACAGCCGAUUCGAUCUGGAGGCUUACUUGAAAGCGGCGGAGGCGGCGGAAUAAAUGUGGCUAAAUGUACGAGGGGGAAAUUGCCUAGGGAUUACUUUGCUGCGGAAGGUUGUACCUCCCCAGGAUAUAAGCAAGACGACGACUUGGGUCAAUCCCAGUUAUGUAUUAUUUUGCUUCGUCUAACAUGGCAGAGUUGUGUCAUUUCAAGCGAAAGAAUUCUUGUUCCUUUUCUCUUCCGACUCCUAUAGACAUAACCACUGUCUUGUACAUAUCGCGGGCUGUUGCCGAAGCGCAUACUUCAAUUGGAUAAGAAGAGCAAGGUUUCG